ACACCUCCUUCUUCAUCUUCUUCUUCCUCAAUUUCUUUUUUUUUUCUCCCUGUUGACUCAAUAAAAAACUAUACUAUAUCACUCUUCCUGUUUACUCGCCUCUCCGAUCUAUAUAUAAUUCACUUUCUUCUUGAUUCAGUUUUGAUCGGUUCACUUUAUUUUUUUGUUUUAAGUUAUGGCCAACCGCUGGUGGACUGGGUCCGUCGGUCUUGAGAACUCGGGUGACUCCAUGAGGAAACCGGAUCUGGGAUUUUCCAUGAAUGAAAGUGCCGUGACUGCAAACCAUGCAGGGGAAGAGGAGGAAGAGAAAGAAAACAGCGACGAACCAAGAGAGGGAGCUAUUGACGUGACCAACACGCGCCGCCCAAGGGGUCGUCCACCGGGUUCCAAGAACAAGCCCAAACCACCCAUAUUCGUCACCCGAGACAGCCCCAACGCGAUGCGAAGCCACGUCAUGGAGAUUGCCAGCGGUGCCGACAUCACCGACUGCGUGGUCCAGUUUGCACGGAGGCGCCAGCGCGGCGUGUCCAUUCUCAGCGGCAGCGGGGCUGUCGUUAACGUUACUCUCUGCCAGCCCACGGCUCCUGGCGCCGUCAUGGCUCUCCAUGGCCGCUUCGAUAUCCUCUCCCUCACGGGCUCGUUUCUCCCUGGACCUUCCCCUCCUGGUGCCACGGGUCUCACCAUCUAUCUUGCUGGAGGCCAGGGACAGAUAGUUGGCGGUGGAGUGGUGGGCCCACUGGUGGCGGCUGGUCCAGUUUUGAUAAUGGCAGCUACGUUUUCCAAUGCAACUUACGAGAGAUUGCCCUUGGAGGAGGAUGAUCAGGAACAGGGCGGCGGCGGUGGGUCUCCGCCGGGGAUGGGAGGCGGUCCUGGUGAAGCGUCGUCGUCAAUUUCGGUGUAUAAUAAUAAUGUUCCUCCGAAUCUGGGUCUUCCAAACGGACAACAGGUGAACCAUGAAGCUUAUUCUUCUCCUUGGGGUCAUGCUCCUCAUGCCAGACCUCCUUUCUAAAGAUGAACAUGAAUUUUCUCAAAGCAUCCAAACACUAUAUUACUCUUAUAUGAGUCUUACUUAGUUCAGCCAGUUAAUUAAUUACCUUCAGACUUUAUUUAAAUAUAAUAAUAACAAUAUUAAUAUUAAUAUUAAUAUCUGUGUUUCUGUAUAUUUAAUUUACCAUCCAACUUGUCUCACUCUAAUAAGCAACCUACCAUGAUGUUGCUUCUUUCUGUAAUCUAAUUUCUUCGGUUCUACCUUACUUUUA